CUCGCAGCUGAAUCCUUAACGUGCCAUUUUAUUACUAAUGGGCAUAUCUGGAAAUCAAAAUGUCAUCGAUAUACGGGACAGUAUCGCGUUUCUGAGGAUGCCAGCGGUGGACAUCCAUGCGGGUUUCGCCGGAGCAGUGCUGAUUUUGGCCAGUGAAGCUUCCUUGUAGUGAAUCGGAUGAUUGGAGCAGCUGUGCGCUCACGCUUAAGAUUGCAGCUGUCAUUGAUAUUGCACAGUGAAUACAGGUAAAGAUGAUGUGCGAAGUGAUGCCCACGAUCAGCGAGGACACGGCGAUGAGCCAGCGUGGCUCCCAGAUCAGCGCCUCCGACCCUGACUCGCAUUUUGAGCAGUUGAUGGUCAACAUGCUUGACGAGAGAGACCGUCUGUUGGACACCCUGAGAGAGACACAAGAAAGCCUGGCCCUCGCCCAGCAGCACCUGCAGGACGUCAUCUAUGACCGGGACUCACUGCAGCGUCAGCUCAGCUCCGCACUGCCACAGGAGUUUGCCGCCCUGACGAAAGAGUUGAACGCCUGCAGGGAACAGCUGCUGGAGAAGGAGGAGGAGAUUUCAGAGCUGAAGGCCGAAAGGAACAACACCAGACUGCUAUUGGAGCAUUUGGAGUGUUUGGUUUCGAGGCAUGAACGUUCCCUACGUAUGACUGUGGUGAAACGACAAGCUCAGUCUCCUUCUGGGGUCUCCAGUGAGGUGGAGGUCCUCAAAGCCCUUAAGUCCCUCUUUGAGCACCACAAAGCACUGGAUGAGAAGGUACGAGAGAGAUUGCGGGUGUCACUAGAGAGGGUCUCUGCCUUGGAGGAGGAGUUGACCGCAGCCAAUCAGGAGAUUGUGGCCUUAAGAGAGCAGAAUGCACACAUUCAGAGGAAGGUGGCGUCAGGAGAAGGGGCUGAGGACUUGUUGGAGGGAACCGAUGCUCAGAAAGUUCAUGGCAAGCGGUUGUCUAACGGGUCGAUGGAGUCGGGGGACGAGGCCAGUCAGGUGGUGGAGCUGCAGGAGCUGCUGGAGAAGCAGAACUACGAGCUGGCGCAGAUGAAGGAGCGCAUGUCCUCGCUGUCCUCCCGUGUGUCCGAGGUGGAGCAGGAGCUGGAGACGGCUAGAAAAGACCUCAUCAAGAGCGAAGAUAUGAACAACAAGUACCAGAGAGAUAUUAAAGAGGCUAUGUGUCAGAAAGAAGACAUGGAGGAACGGAUAGUGACUCUUGAGAAGCGCUAUCUCAGUGCCCAGAGAGAGUCCACAUCACUACAUGACAUCACAGACAAGCUGGAAAACGAACUGGCCAAUAAGGAGGCGUUCCUCAGACAGAUGGAGGAGAAGAACAGGCAGUUACAGGAGCGGCUGGAGUUGGCGGAACAGAAGCUCCAGCAGACCAUGAGGAAAGCUGAGACUCUGCCUGAAGUCGAGGCUGAGCUAGCACAGAGGAUAGCAGCUCUCACUAAGUCUGAUAUGGAAGCUAAACUCCAGGACAUAAACUGCAGUGUGAGGAAGGCGGAGGAGAGACACGGCAGUAUCGAGGAGCGUAUGAGACAUUUAGAGGGACAGCUGGAGGAGAAGAACCAGGAACUGCUCAGGGCUCGACAGAGAGAGAAGAUGAAUGAGGAACACAACAAGCGUCUGUCGGACACUGUGGACAGACUCUUGACAGAGUCGAAUGAACGUUUACAGCUUCACCUGAAAGAGAGAAUGGCCGCUCUUGAGGAUAAGAAUGUGUUAAUACAAGACUCUGAUAACUACAGGAAGCAGUUAGAAGACUCCAUACAGGAAAAGUCUCAUCUCUCGGAGGAGAUCGAGAAACUGAGAUCUGAACUGGAUCAGUACCGAUUGAGGGCCGGAUCCCUUACUGAGCCCACGCUGUCACGGUCUCAUCUGGAUGCAUCUGGAGAUCUGCGUUUCUCUCUGGGUUCUCUUGCUGAGACGCAAUCUGACCAUUAUCGCUCUACCAAGGUGAUCCGCAGGCCCAGGAGAGGACGCAUGGGGCUACGUAGGGACGAACAGAAGGCUAAGUCUCUGGGAGAGCACGAAUGGCGCUCUCAGCAACUUGGCGUUCUGGGCGGCCACCCGUUCGACAGCGACACGGAGAUGUCGGAUAUCGAUGACGACGACAGAGAGACCCUUUUCAGUUCGAUGGAUUUACUGUCUCCUGGAGGACAUUCAGAUGCUCAGACUCUGGCAAUGAUGCUGCAAGAACAACUAGAUGCCAUCAAUAAAGAGAUCCGGCUGAUCCAGGAAGAGAAGGAGUCAACAGAACUGAGGGCAGAGGAAAUCGAGAACCGCGUGGCCAGCGUGAGCUUGGAGGGGCUGAACCUGGCGCGGAUGCACCAUCCCGGAGCCUCCAUCACUGCCUCGGCCACCGCAUCCUCCCUCGCCUCCUCCUCCCCUCCCAGCGGACACUCCACCCCCAAACUCACGCGCAGCCCUGCCCGCGACAUUGAGCGCAUGGGGGUCAUGACACUGCCCAGUGACUUGCGGAAACACAGGAGAAAGAUCGCAGCGGUGGACGAGGACGGUCGAGAGGACAAGGCCACCAUCAAAUGCGAGACCUCGCCACCUCCCACACCUCGCCAAGUCCGCAUGACCCACACGCUGCCUGCUUCUUCGCACAAUGACGCACGCCUGACGGCUGCAUUAGAGAUGGAGGCCAGUGCUCUGAGCAGUGUAGCUAGCAGUCAAGACUCCCUCCAUAAACAGCCAAAGAAGAAGGGCAUCAAAUCCUCCAUCGGACGUCUGUUUGGGAAGAAAGAGAAGGCCAGACUGGGGCAGCUGGGGAAAGAGAUUAUGGGACCAGGACAAGUAGGGAAUGUAUCCGAUCCUGAGCUUCUAGGUCAGGAUAUUACGGUGGGAAAGCUGGGAACACAGGCGGAGAAAGAUCGCAGGCUUAAAAAGAACGGACACGAGCUGUUGGAAGAAGCCAGAAGAAAAGGGUUACCUUUUGCUCAGUGGGACGGUCCUACAGUUGUCGCGUGGUUGGAGCUGUGGCUAGGGAUGCCAGCAUGGUACGUCGCAGCUUGUCGUGCCAACGUAAAAAGCGGCGCUAUCAUGUCAGCCCUGUCGGACACCGAGAUCCAGAGAGAGAUCGGCAUCAGCAAUCCUCUGCACCGCCUCAAACUGCGCUUGGCCAUCCAGGAGAUGGUCUCGCUCACCAGCCCUUCGGCUCCCCCUACGUCUAGAACCCCGUCGGGUAAUGUGUGGGUAACCCACGAGGAAAUGGAGACCCUUGCCGCCCCCUCCAAAACGAAAUCGGCAUCAGAGGAGGGGAGCUGGUCACAGACACUGGCAUACGGGGACAUGAACCACGAGUGGAUCGGGAACGAGUGGCUGCCCAGUCUAGGUCUACCUCAGUACCGCAGCUACUUCAUGGAGUGUUUGGUGGACGCACGCAUGCUGGACCACCUCACCAAGAAGGACCUCCGAGUGCAUUUAAAAAUGGUGGACAGCUUUCACAGAACCAGUCUGCAGUACGGCAUCAUGUGCCUGAAGAAGCUCAACUACGACAGGAAGGAGCUGGAGAGACGCAGAGAGAGCAGCCAGCACGAGAUAAGAGACGUGCUGGUGUGGACUAACGAGCGCGUGAUUCGCUGGAUCCAGAGCAUCGGCCUCCGUGACUACGCCAACAUCCUGUUAGAGAGCGGCGUGCACGGGGCGCUCAUAGCACUCGAUGACAACUUUGACUACAGCAGCCUGGCCCUGCUGCUGCAGAUCCCCAACCAAAACACUCAGGCUAGACAAAUUCUGGAAAGAGAGUACAACAAUCUGCUGGCGCUGGGAACGGAGAGACGAUUAGAUGAGUGCGACGAGAAAGACUUCCGAGGACCGUCGUGGAGGAGGCAGUUUCCUCGACGGGACAUCCACGGGAUCAGCAUGAUGCCGGGUUCAGCAGAGACCCUGCCCGCCGGCUUUCGCCUCACUGCCACCUCCGCACACUCACGCAGACUGCCACCAGAGGUCCUGUAUGAGGCGAUGGACGACAGUCCUGACGACAUGUAUUUGGACUGGUUUCAAGUUGGACCAUCGGCGGUACAGCGUCUGGACAGCUCCACUGUGAGGACCUACUCUUGCUGAGAGAACAUCAAUACUGUAAGCUAGUCGUACCUUAAAGUUGGCCUGAACAAACAAUUCCGACGAGUCACACUGCCAAGAGAACAACAGAAGCCCGCGGAGGACAGGAGGCGGGGGUCGAGGCUGCUCUGCGCCGGGUGUCCGCCACAGGUGCCGACGUGCUCUC